CGACCUGGAGGGAGGGCGACAGGGACGUUUGGGGCCGGCCUGCUGCGUUUUCCCGGAGCUGUGCCUGGCAGCGGGGUGAGGGAGGCUGCCGUGGAGGUCGGGGAUGGCGGACGCUGGCGUCUGGGCGGGUGUGGACCUCACAGGAAAAAGAAAUGGAAGGCCUGCCUGAUGCUGCUGCUUUUGCAACUAAACUUAAAAACACUCUGAUCCAGUACCAUAGCAUUGAAGAUGAUAAGUGGAGAGUUGUUAAGAAAACGAAAGAUGUAACAAUUUGGAGAAAACCUUCAGAAGAAUUUAAUGGACAUCUCUUCAAAGCCCAAGGCGUUAUAGAUGAUGUUGUCAAUAGCGUAAUAGACCAUAUACGCCCAGGUCCUUGUCGCUUGGAUUGGGACAGCUUAAUGACUUCACUGGAUAUUUUGGAGCAUUUUGAAGAGAAUUGCUGUGUGAUGCGUUACACCACUGCUGGUCAGCUUCUGAAUAUAAUUUCCCCGAGAGAGUUUGUUGAUUUCUCCUACACUGUGGGCUAUAAAGAAGGGCUCUUAUCCUGUGGGGUAAGUCUUGACUGGAGUGAAAAGAGACCGGAAUUUGUUCGUGGAUAUAACCAUCCCUGUGGUUGGUUUUGUGUUCCACUUAAAGACAUUCCAAACCAGAGUCUUUUGACAGGCUACAUUCAGACAGAUCUGCGCGGGAUGAUUCCUCAGUCUGCAGUAGAUACGGCCAUGGCAAGCACUUUAAUCAACUUCUAUGGUGAUUUACGAAAAGUCUUAGGAAAGACAUAAUAUGUUUAAACUUGUAGUUCUAUGAUUCCCUGAAUCAACCAUUUCUCUCAGCUGCAUGGCCUGUAAAAAUCAUCCUUUCUUCUCUUCUGCCUAGUCUGUAGAAAAAUUUGAGAUGUUUUUGGUUUAUUGUAUUCCUAAAGUAAAUAGCUAUCUAAGAGAGGGCAUUUCAAUUUUCUUAAACAGUUAUCUGUACAUUGUUUGGCAUGGGAGUGUGUUAGAAAUGGAGAGUAUGACAAAAAUACAUCAGAAGUAGAUAGAAUUCUUUGACCCAAACUCUGAAGGAAUUGAAUAGUACCUCAGGAGGAAUAUUUUGGCUGCUUGGAAAUUAGAGAAAGCACAUGCUUCAUGCUGUUAGGUUAAAAUCAUCUAUUUUAGAGCUUUAUGAACAUUUUGUAAAAGUUUUAAUUUUUUUUAGAAGUUAAAUAUUAGCGCUUUACUUUUGGUAUGCUCUGUGAGUUUGCCAAUAUCAUGAACUAAAGAAAAAAUCUCUUCUCUGUAUUUUAUAAAGAUGGUUCAUUGUCAAUUGACUUGCACUACUUUAGGUAUUGAAAAGAUCAGAAAUAAGAAUAGAUAUCAUAGUAACUAUAGAUACAAUUCAAAUGCAAUUCAAUUUUGAUACCUAGAUAGCACUAUUUUGUUGAUAUCUUUAAAAAUAUAUUUGUAUCUUUAUAUAAAUUUAUUUAAAGAGUCUUAAAAAGCAUUUAUGCAUGAAUAAGACAGUCCAAAAAACUGCCAAAUAUGUGCUGGGGACACCACAUUGAUUAGGCAGUAGUCUGGCUCGUGUGAAAUGGCUGGUGGUAUCCUGUAUUCACUGGUAGAGAAUCAUCUCCCUAAAAGUCAAAUUCAAUGAGUGUUCUGUACGUGUUUCAGUUUUAAAAGUAUCACCCACCUCAUAAAGUAUUACUAAACUACAUCAUAAACAUUCACAAUUGUGAUGUAACAUCAGUCUGGAGCUAUAACAAAUGCAUUCAUUGAUUUAUCCAAAUGCCCAGAUGAGUCAUUUUACAACUAGAACGGACUAUAAUUCUAUAAUCCUUGAUUCUCUGGCUGCCUUAAAUGAACAUUCCUAAAUGAUUUAACAUUCCAAGUGAUUUUUUGGCUUUUGAACUAUCCACCUUAUUUAUUUCUAAAAUGAGAACUUGAGGCAACUCCAUGUGUCUGUGCAAAUAUAUUUAUGUUUGUGUGCGUGCACACAUCUUGAAAUCUAAUUCAGCGUUCAAUGUGAGUUCUUUAUGUGUUUCAUACUGUUUCCAUUGUUUCAUUUCUUUUUUUUGUUUGUUUGGUUAAUAUGGGGUCAAGUGAGCACUGGAAAUACUUAUGUGCCAGAUAGGCCACAAAAAGCACAAAAGCAUGAAGGUUUGAUCUGUGUUUUACUUUACUGUGUUUUCCUAAGUGUAAAGAAGCAUAACUCAUUGUUCUUCGGACCCAUUUUGAUAAAGUGGAAAAAGUAGA